AUCCAAAUUCCAAAAUUUUCCCAAUAGUUUAGCAGUUUCUCCGUUGCCUCGUUUUCUCCCUCAAUUCGUUGACUGUUUCUCUCUGACUAUACGUACACAACCUCCGUCUCUAUAUAUCAUGCACGCAAAUCACACACACUGAGCGUGCCACUGCGUGUUUGAUUCCCGCAUCGGAAUCCUUCGAUUCUGCUGCUUUUUUUCCCUCACGCCGUUGAAAUAGGGGGCGAAUUCAUGGGGGCGACGAUGGUGGUGGAGACGGCGAUGGAGUUUCUGCUGCCGUCGUGGUGGGAGGUGCAGGUCACGGUGGCGGCGGCGGCGUUUGUUGUGGUGGCGUAUUGGUUCUUCUCCGCCGGCGCUGACGGCGGCGAUGAUCGGGGAUUCGUGGAAGGCUCCGGAGGCGGCGCGGAUAUGAUUGAGGAAAGGGAAAAGAUGCUGUUUAAAGGGGAUUCUCAAACUAAUUCGGCAUACUUAAUUAAGGUAGAGCUGUUAGCAGCCAAGAAUCUAAUUGGGGCAAAUUUAAAUGGCACAUCGGAUCCCUACGCAAUUAUUACUUGUGGGUCAGAAAAACGCUUCAGCUCUAUGGUUCCUGGCUCAAGAAAUCCCAUGUGGGGGGAGGAGUUCAAUUUUUCUGUUGAUGAGCUUCCUGUUGAGAUAAAUGUGACGAUUUAUGAUUGGGAUAUAAUUUGGAAAAGUGCAGUUCUUGGAAAGGUAAUAAUCCGAGUUGAACAGGAAGGUCAAACUGGUGCUGUAUGGUAUACAUUGGACAGUCCAUCUGGGCAGGUCUGCCUACAUAUCAAAACCCUCAAACUCCAGAUGAAUUCUUCCAGGGUUUUGAAUGGCUAUGCUGGUACUAAUCCUCGAAGAAGGCCUUCAGAUAAGCAAGGGCCUACAGUUGUUCAUCAAAAACCUGGACCACUGCAAACAAUUUUUAAUCUUCUCCCUGAUGAGAUUGUGGAACAUAGCUAUUCUUGUGCACUUGAGAGAUCAUUCUUGUAUCAUGGUCGGAUGUAUGUAUCAGCAUGGCACAUCUGCUUCCAUUCGAAUGUUUUCUCCAAACAAAUGAAGGUAAUGGUACCUUUCGGAGACAUAGAUGAGAUAAAGAGGAGCCAGCACGCAUUUAUAAAUCCAGCUAUUACAAUAAUUCUUCGGAUGGGUGCUGGGGGGCAUGGUGUGCCUCCUUUGGGAAAUCCUGAUGGUAGAGUUAGAUACAAAUUUGCAUCUUUCUGGAACAGAAAUCAUGCAUUGAGAGGAUUACAGCGUGCAGUAAAGAACUAUCAUGACAUGCUAGAAGCUGAGAAGAAGGAAAAGGAACAGUCUGCAUUGCGUGCACAUAGCAGCUCUAUCAAAGGCAGCAAUAGGCAAUCUAAGAUUUCCGAGCAGAGUGUGGCAAAGACUGAAAAGUCACAGCCAUUCAUCAAGGAGGAAGUGCUUUCUGAAAUUUACAAUGAUGUUUUCCCGUGCACCGCAGAACAAUUUUUCAAGCUUUUGUUGGAUGAUGAUUCAACCUAUACAAAUGAGUAUCGUACUAUCCGAAAGGAUUCUAAUCUUGUUAUGGGUCAGUGGCAUUCUGCUGACGAAUAUGACGGUCAAGUCAGAGAAAUUACGUUUAGAUCUGUGUGCAAUAGUCCGAUGUGUCCACCAGAUACAGCAAUGACGGAAUGGCAACAUGCUGUUUUAUCUGCAGACAAGAAAAUACUGGUGUUUGAGACCGUACAACAGGCACAUGACGUACCAUUUGGGUCAUACUUUGAGAUUCACUGUAGAUGGACGUUAGAGUCUAAUUCCGAGUCUUCAUGCACCAUUAAUAUUAGAGUUGGUGCUCAUUUCAAGAAAUGGUGUGUGAUGCAAUCCAAGAUCAAAUCAGGCGCUAUUAACGAGUAUAAGAAAGAGGUGGAUAUGAUGCUGGAUGUAGCGCGUUCAUAUAUCCAGACGAAGACUUCGUCUAGCAAGAUGGAAACUACACCAACAACUCCGGCUGUUGUUCAAGAAAGUAGAUAAAAUUGUGGUACAAAUAGAGUAGUGAAAGGAGAAUUGUAAUCAAUAGAUAAAAAUUGUUUGUAUAGGAGUAAUAUUUAUAAUGAGAAAAAUAUUUAAGCUUAUAACCACUUAUAAUUUAUA